CCCAAAAUGUUCAAGCGCUGCUUCGCGACCGUGACCAAGAAGAAGCUCGGCGUCGAGCAGCUCGCGGCCCGUGGCGGCCUUAGCGGCAAGCGCGUGCUCGUCCGCGCCGACCUCAACGUGCCUUUGAGCAAGACCGACGUGAGCAAGAUCACGGACGACACGCGGAUCCGCGAAGCGUUGCCGACGCUGCGAUACCUGCUCGCAAACGACGCCAAGGUCGUUUUGUGCAGCCACAUGGGCCGCCCGAAGGGCAAAGUCAACGAAACCAUGCGCCUCGCGCCCGUUGCGCGCCGCCUCUCGGAGCUCCUCGGCCAGCCCGUCUUGACGUCGCCCGACUGUAUUGGCGCCGAGGUGGACGCGUCCAAGGCAGGCUUGAAGAGCGGCGACGUCCUCUUGCUCGAGAAUCUUCGCUUCCACGCCCAAGAAGAAAAGAACGACCCAGCCUUUGCGCAAGCGCUUGCCAAGGACAUUGAUGUCUUUGUGAACGACGCUUUUGGCACCGCCCACCGCGCGCACGCGUCGACGGAAGGCGUCACCCACUUCAUUUCGACGUCGGUCGCCGGGAAGCUUCUCGAGAAGGAGCUCAAGUACCUUUCGGAGGCCGUGGACGCGCCGAAGCGGCCCCUUGCGGCCAUCAUCGGUGGCGCCAAAGUCUCGACCAAGAUCCCGGUCCUCGAGGCGCUGAUUGAAAAGUGCGACAAGAUUUUCCUCGGCGGCGGCAUGAUCUUUACCUUUUACAAGGCCCAGGGUCUCUCGGUCGGUCAAUCCAUCGUCGAAGAAGAUAAAGUCGCGCUCGCCAAGGAGCUCAUGGACAAGGCCAAGGCCAAGGGCGUCCAGUUCAUUUUGCCAACGGACGUUAUCGUUGGCGACAAGUUUGAAGCCGACGCGGCGAGCAAGGUUGUCAACGUGGACGCGAUCCCGAGCGAAUGGCUUGGUCUCGACAUUGGCCCGAAGAGCCAAGAACUCUUUGCCAAGGAGCUCGCCAACUGCGCAACCAUUGUCUGGAACGGUCCCAUGGGUGUCUUUGAGUUUGAAAAGUUUGCCUCGGGCACCAACAGCGUCGCCAAGGUCCUCGCAGCGUGCACCAAGAAGGGCGCGACGACAAUCAUCGGUGGCGGGGACUCGGUGGCUGCUGUCGAACAGUGCGGCCUCGCCGCCGAGAUGAGCCACAUCUCGACGGGUGGCGGCGCCAGCCUCGAGCUCCUCGAGGGCAAGGUCCUUCCGGGCGUCGCAGCGCUCAACGACGCCUAAUGGAAAUGUACAUUCGCAACAUCGUGUAGCC